AUGCCCCCAUACCAGAAUACGGUGUAUAUGCAUAUAACAAUAGUGGGCACCACACAAAACAACAGCAAGGGCAUGCUGCGUAGGCGGGGUGCGAUUUUGAACGGCAUCCUUGUGUCCCUUAGUUUCUAUAGACAUGGAGUAUGGGGAAGUAUGUGGGAGCGCAGAGAAGCAGGAGGAGGAUGGACCACAGAAGGUCCAGUUUAUCAAAAUUAUCAGAAAUCAGCAUAUGGUGCCCUAGGCGCUGUAAAAAGCAAAUCGGUAUGCCACACGUUUUUAUCCCUACAGACAGACUGCAGUCACAGUGAUUCACACUGA